GCUCGUAUUUAACUAUCUCUGCUCAUUUUAAAGAGAACGGCUGGGAGAGAGUGCAACGAGGCUUUUGAAAAGCUUUUUACUUUACUUUUUUAAAUGAGGGUACAGAGCAAAAAAAGGAGCUGAAGGCAUCGGGCUGAAGAGAAGCAGCGAGGAAGAUGGGUCUGCUAAGUGUGGAUUUGCUGAUCACGCUUCAGAUCUUGCCGGUCUUUUUCUCCAAUUGCCUCUUCCUUGCGCUGUACGACUCCGUGAUCCUCCUGAAGCACAUGGUGCUGUUUCUCAGCCGGUCUAAGUCGGGGCGCGGUGAGUGGCGGAGGAUGCUGACCUCGGAGGGGCUGCGCUGCGUCUGGAACAGCUUCCUCCUGGACGCCUACCUUCAGGUCAAACUGGGAGGAGAAGCCCCAAACUCCAGUGUAAUCCACAUAGCCAAGGGCAGUGAUGGCAGCACUAGCAGCUGGAAGAGUGUCGGUGGCAAGUGUGGAACCAAAUGUCACCUUCUGGAUUUUGCCAACUCCGAGAGGCCACUGGUGGUCAACUUUGGUUCAGCUACCUGACCACCGUUCACAAGCCAGCUGUCGGCCUUCAGCAAGCUGGUGGAGGAGUUCUCUGGUGUGGCUGACUUUCUGUUGGUCUACAUCGAUGAGGCUCACCCAUCAGAUGGCUGGGCUGCCCCUGGAAUCUCUCCCUCUUCAUUUGAAGUUAAGAAACACAGGAACCAGGAAGACCGAUGUGCAGCUGCUCACCAGCUCCUAGAGCGCUUUUCCUUGCCACCUCAGUGCCAAGUGGUGGCUGACUGCAUGGACAACAAUGCCAAUGUGGCGUACGGGGUUUCAUUUGAGCGAGUAUGCAUUGUGCAGAGACAAAAAAUUGCCUACCUGGGAGGCAAAGGCCCCUUUUUCUACAAUCUGCAGGAGGUUCGGCUUUGGCUGGAACAAAACUUCAGCAAAAGAUGAAAUCCAUUCUAUACAGAAGCUCUGUCAACAGAUGUGUCCCUUUAAGGUGAUGUAAAAGGGAAAAAAAGAAAACAUAUGCUGGUUUGAGUAAGGCCUUUCAGGUGAUUGCAGGAGAACGCAUUUGAUAACAAGGUCAAAUGAACAAUAACUAGAAAAAGAAAAUAAAACAAAAAACUAACUCCACAGAAACAUUGUUGACUGAAAAUAUCCCACUCCUGCACUUGCUAUGGGACGGAAGAGGUGAAGAGGCUUCUGCAAAAAGGUGCUGCUGGCAGAGCAGGAGGAGUGGUGAGAUAAGACCAGUCGCCCAGGAACCCGACUCAUGAAGUGUCGGCCCUGGGUUGAGCCAGAAAUGUUGCUGCUUGGAAGGCAAUCCAUGGAAAGGCAAUGCCGUGCAUUUCAUCAGAAAUGCUUCUUUACCCUCUUGUGGCCAAUACAAGCGACCUGAGGGGAGCUAGGGGUAUUGCAAUUACGUUGCAUAGAAAUGCAGUGGAGUGUGGCAAUUGUCCUCUCUCGUAGAGAUUUUGUUGUUCAAGAGGCUACAGGAACCACCAUGCAAUGCAUUCUGCAGGCAGACUGGCUGCUCAGAUCAAGACGAAACGUUGUAUGCUGGUAUUUGUACUCUCUAUGAACGCCUCUGCACAGUGUAUUAACUAUGUAAUUCUAUCUAUAUAUCUGUAUCCAGUAUGCAGGCCUGCGCCUGCUGAGAAAGAUGUUAAAAUCUACGGAGUUGGACCAAAAAGACGAAGGUGAUCAAAUAAGCCCAUUACAAUUUGAAAACUAAAAAACCCGGACUAUUUGUAACAAAACAUCGAGAACCAUCUAGAGCAUGCAUCUCGAGACAGAACUCGGCUGAUGCCAGCCAACCCUGGGUUCUCAGAACUGACAACACACAGCACAUUUAUCAAUAUUCUCUGUUUCUCUUCUCUGUUUCUUUACCCGCCUCGGUCUCUUUCUGUCUAGCAAUAGGCUUAAAGGUAAUUUCAUUUUUAGCUUUUUAAAAGAUAACUUAUUUCUCUCUCUUAUUUUUAUUUGAGAUAAUGACCUUACAGAUGUAUUUUGGGGAUGGGGGAACUUAUACACAACUUUACCUCAUUGAAACGGAAACCUAUCCUGUCAGUCACCCUGUUAAAUGUAGUCACGCUGAUUUUUGCUGUCUUAGAUACCUGCAACUGGUUCAUAGCCGUGUUAGUUUGUCUGGCAGUUAAGUUGUUUGCAGCCUCAGAACUGAUUAGCUGCAGUUCUGCUGUCAGAGGAGGUGGCAGUCUGUUUGCUUCACUCCUGUUCUCAGAAGCCUUCCCAGAGAAACAAGGAAGACAAAUAGUGUCAAUUAAUGUGAAUAAGUGUAAAAGAUGGCAGAAUUUUCAUACAAAUGGCUCUGAGGAAUUAUUAAUUGUUUAAAGAGAUACUGUCAACUUAGAGUAUACAUUAAGUUUAGGUAUGUCUAAAACUAAAAUGAUUAAAUCAACCCUGAUGAAAAGGCAAGUUUAUUAUAAGCUAACCCAUUACAGCUGGUAAAUGAAAACCAAUAAGGAGAUGGACUCUCUGUUUUGGCAGAAACAUGAAACAUAAGCAUGGUAAGUGGCAAAAAUCAAACUAGUUCUUUUAAUUUCUCAUCCUGCUACUUGUCAGGAAUAUGAUGUAUUAAUAUUAACACAGGAAAGAACAGAAAAUACAUGCAUAAAUAUGUUAAUUUUCAAAUGUCCCUUUAAUAUUUGUAUUUGCUUGGCUGUCGGUCAACUUAGCCAAUGUACAAGGCAUUUGGAAAUGUGUUUUCAAGCACAGAUCUGAAAUAAUGACGGUAACAUGAGUGAUUUCUCCCAUACUCAGGUUCAUGCUUCCCUUCCUUCUCACAUUUUCCUCCUCACACUGCUAAACAUACACACACACUUACAUAGUUUGGUAAUGGAUAUCAGAGAAGGGUGUAAAGAAUGGUCUUCAGACCUUCUGGUGAGCCCCACUUCUCAGAAGGCAUGUAUGUAUCUGUGUGUGUGUAUGUAUGCAUUUAUAUAUGCGUAUAUAUGUAUAGCAUAUAUUUUUAUGUAUGCAUAUACAUAUGCCUGCACACAUAAGUAGUGUCUAAGACCAAUACUAAUAAUUAUUCUGUCCUCCCAUUCAUUAAUGUUACUGUAACUCAUUGCUUAGUAUGGAAGGUUGUUACACAUUUUCAUGACUAACUGGGAUAUAUAACUGAAAUUUUUAAAACUAAUAUUAGAAACAGUAACAUUGCCAAACUACAUGGUUUAUCUAAUCCAGUGUCCUACCUCUGACCGUAUCAGAUGCUUCAGGGGGAAGGUGCAAUAAUUUCUUCUGGAAUUUUCAUUAGCUUCAGCCCUUAUUUUUGUCUUGUCUAAUGUAAUUGUUGAUGUCUCAUCAUCCCUAUGAGAGGCUGAUCCUGAGUUUUGGGAUCUAAAUAUUUCCUGAGCUGGGGAAUACUAAAAUUGAAACCCAUCAUGUUUAAGAACGAAGAAAAACAAAUAAAACCAGAUUUUUUUUCAAAUUUAAAUUGGCUGCUUUUCAAUGUCAUUCUCAUCUCUUGCUCUUGUAUGCUAAAACAAUAUCAAGAGGAGUGAUCCCAAUUUUUCUUCUGUAUGUCAGUGAUCUUAUAUUCUAUAUAGAAAUUUACAUACUUUUUGUUUGUUUCUGAAGUCAAACAAUUAUUCACAUUCUUAUACAGGUCCAUAUUAUUUGCCUGCCUCUGAAUCUCUUCUGCUUUUGCUACACUGUCCUUUCACUUGGGUGAAUAAAGCUGUAGACGUUAGUCCAAGUGAAAAUACGUAUUGAUACACCCAGCAUAACGUUUUUUCCUCAUUAUAUCCUAUUCUUCAAUCAUCUGAAACUUUAUUAAUCCAUAGCAACUCCAUAGCCUUUGUAAAACUUGAACUGGUAAGUCUUUUCUUUCUCUCUUUUUUUCCCCAUCAUACAGCUGAAGCCUGUACUGUUUAUCUGGGAAAUGCUCGCCAAAUGUUUAGCACAGCUGUUGAAACAUACCUUUAGCUCAGAGGAGAGAGUCUGAGUUAGUAAUUCAGUUAGUUCAUACCCCCUUGCAUAUCUGAAUUUACAGUUAUUUUUCAAGUCCAUUUUCUCCUUUUGAAUUUCCAUUCUUUUGCCUUGUUAUUCAUAGAUGUCUGUUCAUCCCAUAGUAUAAAGGAAUUAUAAAAUUGGCUCCGAUAAAUGGGAAAUCCACAAAGAUUUUCCACAAGAAAAAAUACACAAUAACUUAAUUUCUUUCUUGGCAACAAGAAUGCAUUACCCUGCCCAAAACUUAAAGAUAGCUCAGCCUCACUGACUAUCAAGACAGAAAUACAUUUUGCAAAUCCUUAAAUUUCCCCAGAAAAAUUUGUGGUCAGAAAGCAAAAGUAUUUCAAGGAGAAAUGGGCUUAGAGGAAAAAAAUAUCUUUUGUAAGUGGCUGAUGGAAAUAUGAGCUCUUCAUUUUUUUUUGUUGACAGAAUUAAAACAUUUUAUAGAAAAGGUUUUAAAUUGA